CCAGCAAAUUUCCAUUUUUGGGGUUGCGCGUGUAAUCUGAUUCCUCCGUGCCUCUCAUGCGAAAUAAUUAUUCCUCCCCAACCUCCAACCAUCCCAGGAAACGACCUGUAAAUCUUUGAUCACUCCCAAGGAUAAAAGAACCCACAUCAGUAAUUCAUGUCCUCACAUUACAACUUCCCACCACCCAGCGGUGCACCUAAUGCUAAUGCACCUAACCCACUCCGUCCAUACUAUACCGGCUCUGACUCACCAUUGCAGUCCUAUUACAACAACACUCUUUCAUCCGUUGCGCUUGAAGAAGAACUUACUUCUCAGGGUGAAAUCAACUCACAGGCUGCAGCUAAGGAGCUUGCUAGUUAUGGCCUAGUCAAGUACAUGACUCUUGCCAUCGCAGCCCCGUUUGAAGCUGGCCAGACCCUCCUGCAGGUUCAGUACUUGCCGAACGAUGAUGGCUUCAACGGUGAUGAAGACGAUCUUGCUGAGAUGGCCCGGCGGGAGGAAGAGGCUAGAAGGGCGGCGGCAGAGCAAGCAGAGCGAGAAUACUAUGAACGCACGGGCGUUUAUUCUUCUACAUCAGGAAACUAUUAUUCUAAUCAAUAUGGUAAUUUGAACAGCAGCGAAUACGCGUUGUCUCGGUCCCCAUAUGGUCAAGACUCUCGUUCACAUAUUACAACAACGGCAACAACAUCCGAUUUUGUCUUCCGAAGCAGCGUUUAUGAUGAGGCAACUCGCCCGACAUACCAAAUGGCGCCAAUCGAAGGAGGUGUCUGGAAGGCUGUUACCGAUUUGGCAAAGCAUCCUACAGAAGGCUGGUUGUCACUCUGGAAAGGUCAAUUUACCAACUGGAUCUACGAAAUGCUACACCUGUUCGCGCAGCCAACAUUGGAAGCGACUCUGAAUGACACGUUUGAUCUUUACGACGAUACCAUUCCUCUCGUCCACUUGGAUCAUGUUGGUCCCAAUAUUGCGACAAUGGUCACUAGUCAUCUUGUGGUCGGCUUUAUUCUCUCACCAUUGGAGCUCGUACGAACACGAUUAAUUGUACAAACUGCUAACCCAUUGCAGCGCAAAUACAGUGGCAUGAUCAACUGUAUUACAACAAUCAUUCAAGAGGAGGGCGCGUCAGCGUUGUGGGGCGGUGUCAACCUAUUCCCGACAUUGAUUUACCAUACAUUGACUCCUUUACUCUCAAAUUCGAUUCCCUUGAUCAUUGACAGAGUCUUUAAACUCUCAGCGGCAGAUUCACCGGUGCUGUAUUCUUUAGCCGAAUUGGGAUUGAAUACUAUUGAGCUCUUGAUCCGUUUGCCUAUUGAGACCGUCAGGAAGCGUCUUCAGAUUCAGAUCCAGCGUAAGGAUCGUCAAGCUUCUUCUUCCAGCAAGAAAUAUCGUACUGUUGUUGAGACAAGAAAGCGGCAGUAUUAUGGUAUGGUGGAUUGUAUAUAUAGGAUCAUUAAGGAGGAAGGCAGCCAUCAUAAACGAGUGUCAACGACCAAGGUUGUUAAGGGACCAAAUGGUGAACAGAGACUGAGCACUACUGCAGUUCAGCCAAGACCCUGGUACUCUGCGUGGGGAGUUCGUGGUUUGUACACAGGGUUGGGUAUGCAUCUGACCACCAACAUUGGAUUGUUUGCAGUAGGAGCAGUGACCAAUCUGCAAGACGAAGGCGAUGAUUGGUGAAAAAAUGUAUAAGAACAUUUAAAAAAGAGUACCUCCCUUUAACAUAGAGUAACAAUAAAACUUGAUCCUGGAC